AUGAAGGCAGAAAAAGGUUGGCGUUUAGGCAGCAUGGGUGAUAUGCAGAUACUGCCUGGGUCUCGCCACCGUCCUCCCCUGAAGAAGCCAAUGUGGAUUAUUAUCUUGGUAUUGUUUGUGUGUGUCUUUCUAAUCUGUGCUUAUAUCUACCCACCCAAAAGCAGUUCGGCCUGCUAUGUCUUUUCUUCCAGAGGGUGCAAGAGUUUUGUUGAUUGGCUUCCACCUAUGCCUGCAAGAGAAUACACUGAUGAGGAGAUUGCAUCACGUGUUGUGAUUAAGGAUAUUUUGAACUCACCGGCAAUUAUUUCAAGAAAAUCAAAAGUUGCAUUCAUGUUUUUGUCACCUGGCUCUCUGCCAUUCGAAAAAUUGUGGGACAAGUUUUUCCAAAAAAGGAAACUGCUUAUUGCAGCUCUUUUGGCUGGCACUGGUGCUUUGCAUGAAAAUUAUCAGUGGUCUCGCUUGCUUCUGGGGAAUGAUGAGCAAAGUGAAGGUCAUGAAGGAAAGUUCUCCGUUUAUGUUCAUGCAUCCAAGACAAAACCAGUUCAUGUGAGCCGAUAUUUUGUCAAUCGGGAUGUACGCAGUGAUCAGGUGAUUUGGGGAAAAAUUUCUAUGGUUGAUGCAGAGAGACGGCUAUUGGCAAAUGCCCUUCAAGAUCCUGAUAACCAGCAAUUUGUUCUACUGUCUGAUAGCUGUGUGCCUCUAUAUCAUUUUGACUAUAUUUACAACUAUCUGAUGUAUACAAAUAUCAGCUUUGUUGACUGCUUUAAGGAUCCCGGUCCUCACGGCAAUGGCAGGUAUUCAGAUCGCAUGCUACCUGAAGUAGAGGUGAAGGACUUUAGAAAGGGUGCACAGUGGUUUGCUAUGAAGCGGCAGCAUGCAAUUAUAGUCAUGGCUGAUAGCCUGUAUUAUUCAAAAUUCCGGUCUUACUGCCAGGUAUGGAUGCCGCAAAAAAUUCUGAAAGAAUGGCAAUGUGGAAUGCUAAAAAGCGUUAGCAACUUUGAUAUUUUUGGUCUUAUCUUGUAUGCGGGUGUUGCAUUUGUGAUUAAGCCUGGUUUGGAGGGCCGGAAUUGCAUUGCUGAUGAGCAUUACUUGCCGACCUUCUUCCAGAUGGUUGAUCCCGGUGGAAUUGCAAACUGGUCACUUACUCAUGUUGACUGGUCUGAGAGAAAAUGGCACCCAAAGUCCUAUAGGGCUCAGGAUGUCACUUCUGAGCUUUUGAAGAAUAUCACGGUAUAUCCAUCGAUAGAGAAGUGCAAAGCUGGCCUUGCUUAUGGAACGGGAUUCAGAAGCCAUGUUACCUAUUUGCUAGGAACAUUAUUGAGGCUUGAUCGCCUGCCAGCCACAUAUAUUGAGUGCAAGGUGAACUGGCCAUGGAGUUCGGUGGCUGAACAUGAACAGAAGAGGAGACUAACGAUUCAGUGUUCCUUUCUUUGGGAUUUGGGAUGGAUGGAUGGCUUAUUUUUUUCCUUCCAUUUCCGUUAUACUUUCGUGAUAGAUUUUGGAGGAAUCGUAUCAACUCAUUAUGGUUGUUCAUCUCUGUAA